AUGAACACCGUCAUCACUGCCCGUGCGUCGGGCCUACGCACUGUUUUGCGCGCGAGCCGUGCAGCACUCGCUUUGCGCUCUUAUGCUACCCCUGCAGCCGUCAAGGAGGACGACGACCCGCAGCUUGCCGAUUAUCCUCGCCUGCCGUAUAUUUCACGACAGCGAUUGCCUGCUAGAGGUUGGGAUGACUGGCAGAUGAGACGCAAUUUCGGCGACCCUCUGCACGAGCAAGACGAGAUCAUCUCAAUGUGGGGGCCUGACGCAUCCGUAGUAGAGCCAUCGACAGCGCUCCGCCACUUUACAAUUGCAUUCUUGGGAUUCUUCGCCUUUGGUGCCACCGUCAAGUAUGCAUUAAUUCCUGAGAGGCCCUCGGUUCCUCGCGAAUACCCCUUCUCUGGACUUGUGACAGAGUUGGGUGGGUUGGAGGAGAACAAGGCAAGGCCAGAGGAUGAGUCUGAAGACGAGUAG